AACACGCCUCCAUCACUGCUUGUUAUUGGCUGUCUGGUGAUAACCUACCGAGUGUACUGUUCACAUUCAUCACAAAUGCAGUCAUUCUCCGGUAUAUUACAUCUGAUGUCCUGGGCAUCAUCAGUGUCAGCGUGCCCGUGUCAGCGGCGGUGUCGGCGGCGCUGGCCGGCCUCUGGCUGCACGCGCUCAGCCAGCCGGCGCCUGAGGUCACCUCAGAGUACCGUCUGGGCGUGUGGGUCACCGCGGCCAUGGUCGUACUGGAGACGGCCGCCCAGCCGCUGGUCAUCCUGGCGCAGGCCAUGCUAUUUGUCAAAUUGAAGGUGGUAGCCGACAUGGUCAGUCUGUGCAGUCGGGUGGCGCUCAAAGCCUGGCUGAUCGCCCUGUACCCGUCCCACGCCAUCUGGGCCUACUGUGUGGGCCACGCGGUCAGCUCCGCUCUCCUCGUGGUCAUCUAUUACGGCACCCUGCUCUGGCACGUCCGCUCACCGGAUAACUGUCUACCGGUGAAGUCGGCGAGCGAGCUGGGACCCAGACUGGUGCCGGGACAGCCGGCGCUGGACCGUGACCAGCUGGCCCUCACCUGGAGCUUCUUCAAACAAGGCCUGCUGAAGCAGUUGCUGACGGAGGGCGAGCGCUACCUGAUGACCGCCUUCCACCUGCUCGACUUCUCCGAGCAGGGCCUGUACGACGUGGUGGCCAACCUGGGCAGCCUGGCGGCCCGCUUCCUCUUUCAGCCAGUCGAGGAGAACGCCUACGUCUACUUCUCGCGCACAGUGGAACGGGGAAAGCCGGUGUCUGCCGCGGCGGGCCGGGUUCUGCACGACCUGCUGCGCGCGCCAUGAGCCUGCUCGGUCUGGUUGCCGUCACGUUCGGCUGGAGCUACUCCGACCUGCUGCUGCGACUGUACGGAGGCGCCCUGCUGACCGCCGGUCCGGCCGUCAGUCUGCUGCGCGCCCAGUGCGCCUACGUGCUCUUACUGGCGGUGAACGGAGUGCUGGAGUGCUACACGUUCGCGGUGAUGCGCCAGGAACAGAUCAAUGGGUAUAACCGGAAGAUGGUGCUGCUAUCUGUGAUAUUCGUCAUCUCGACAGGGAUCUUUACUAGGCUAUUCGGCGGGGUUGGAUUUAUCCUCGCCAACUGCGUCAAUAUGCUGACCAGGAUAUACGUUUGUUACCGGUUCGUGGCCGGUCUGCCGCUGGAGCCGGCGGUGUCCGUGCCGCCGCUGCUCGGUCUCCGCCCGCCGUGGCUGCCGCGCUGGUGACCGCCGGCCUGCUGGCAGCCGGCUCCGAGCAGUGUCAGAAAAGUGGUUUGGGGAUCUAAGUUCGCGGAACAAAAUGUUUAGCUGCUCACGGAACAAAAAUCAUAAAGUAAGACACUGUAGGGCCACGCGUAUUGUUCUAGGUAUGCUUUAAGUAUACAAGAUAUUUGCCAGAGUCUCAGUCAGAAACAGCAGCUUCUAGAUAUAAAAUAAGGGUUCAAGGAACGCAGCAGGUUGUGGCCUUACAGCCCAAGUGUUAGACUUAUUUGUAAUUAGUUAGCAAAUCUGGACAUGCAGGUAAUGGAUGACCACUAAUGCUCAAAAUUAUUCAUAAUGGAAAAUAUACAAAUAAUUCUUAAAAUUGUGAAUGCAGUGAGAAAAAUGAAUGGGGUAUAAAAAUAUACACAACAUUCAGAAUAUGCUUUUCAAAUGACACAUUUUCACAUGAAACAAAAACUGCUAAGUAUAUUGAAAUACUAUUUGAAAUACCUUUAAGCAAAAUCAAAACAUAGCCAAGUGGACUGGUACCUACCUACCUACAUAGUAUCAGUAUAAAUGGCCUUGUACCUACCUAUACCUAUAUUGAUAUAAUGCAAGUUUGACAAAUUUGACGCAAUCCAGCUUGAAGCAAAUAACCAACAAAUAACGAACCACAAAGACACAAAAACAUGCCAGCACUUAAAGAAAAAAGGUCUUGUGCAAGACAACCCCCAAAAACCAUGCCACAAAUGAUUAUAUGUAAUCAAUAAUAGAUAAUUGCCCACGGCCCACGCGCUUGCCCAAACUGAAACGGACGCCUCGCACCUCGAGCCUUGAGAAAUGGCGCGGAGGAUGACUCGGCGAGGGAAAUUAGAGGAAAGGGAUUUCCUCUUUACUGGUUUUCAAUUUGAUAAAAAUGAUUCAAAUUGAUGAAAACUUCAAAAUAGCAUAUAAUAUUUAAAAAGAAUCUAAAAUAAAUGAAUAUUAGACUUCAAUCUGGCUGCUUUAUUUCAAAUGAUAUAUUAAUAAGCAAAGGGAUUUUAUGCCCUAGACAAACAUUACUUCAUGUAAAAGUGAUAUCAGCAUAUGUCGGUAUUAUACCUGCAAUCGGCAUCAACUGGGCAAUAAUUUUAUGCUAUGAAAAGCGCCGUCUCUCAACGAUUCUAACGGUACCCAAUUUUUUAUAAAUACAAGUCGAGAUUGCUUAAACGUUCCAAAUUAAGUGAGUUGUUCCGUGACGAAACAUGGUCACGGCGUUUCAAUAAAACUAUAUGAAAACGUCCAUAAAAAUAUAAAAAUUUGACAUAGAAACAAUCAGAAUUGAACAAUCUAUGAUGCCAUACCUAAUUUGAACCGAUUGCAAGCCUACUUCAACCUUUAUUCUACCCUUACUUUUGUUCCGUGCCACGGAACAAGAAUAUGGUAAACUGAGAAAUGCACUGCCAUUGAAAUGCCGUUAUGAGGAUAUGGCAGCCUCACUGAACGGGCAAAAGCGACCGUCUUUUGGGAAAUUCGACAAAUAAUGCGCAUCACGGUCAAAAGUGAUGUUUAGUUUUUCGUGAUGUCAGUGUUUCCUGCAUAAAAAAUCGUUUCCUGCCCAAUAGUGGACGAGACAGCAGGAAAUCGGUAGUUACUGAUUUGAUGAAAGAAUACGCAAAAGGAAUGGCAGUGUAUCCAUAAACGUGGUGUGGAUUGUGCAUUGUGCAAAGACGUUGCAGUUGUGGUGAGGCUGGGACUGAGGACUUGCCAUUCAAGUCGUAGGUAUUGGUAUGGGUGGCUGUUCGUGAUAAUAUUGAUUUAUUGUAAGAAGCAUCUAACCUCAUUCCGUGCACGUGACAUGCAGGUGAUCAUGGUUGAAUUGGAUGGUAGGUAUCAUCCUGUCACGGGCUGAUUCUCUUUCGUAAACAUCUGAUUCUCAUUCGUAGACAAACCAGGUGAGAAAUGUGAUGGAAUGGAAACAUUUAUUUAUUUCACAAACACACUCAAUAGCAUACAUUCAAGGCACGUAUACUGGAUUCAUUCCUUCACGCUUGUUUUAAAACUUGCUGGAUAGUUUGACAUGGUUUGUCAAUACUUCUAUCUUGUAAGCACCUCAACUUUGGAAAGUAAUGAAUGACUGGCAUUUUAACUGAUCCAAUUAUGAUGAUUGCAUGGUGAAAUUGUGGAGUAACUGCUUCUUAUCUGUUUCAAUAGUACUUGCAGGAUGCUUGCUUGCUGCUUUGGAGAUCUGAAAACAGAACAAAGCACAAUGUCAAAUUUUCAAUUAACAUGUUUCUUUAGUAAGUUUCCCUUUCAGUCCUGUGAUGCCCAGUUGCAGUUGAUAUUUAGUCAGUGACGGAACAAAAAAAGUGAUUAUUAGCAGUGAAAAAUCUCACAGAACAAAUCUUCCAAGUUCAAAAAAAUUGAGAAACCGGCCACUUUUCUGACACUGGCUCCGAGAGCUGGCUGUACCCCAGCUCCGCCGCCGUCCAUGUGGCUGUGGGCGCGCUCUGUGGGGCCGCCGUGGUGGCCGCGGCGGUGUACAGCGAGCCCCGCCUCCUCCAGGCGGUCAGGGAGCGGGUCGGGGAUAAACUGAAGCGCAGCUAGCGGGGAGUGCUACUCACAUGGUCACGCAGGGAAUAGGGGUUGUUUUGUUGUGAUAUUUAUGUGCAUUUUGGGUUGAAUAUACACCGUGCCUGUCA